CCAAACAAUCCAAUUAAACCGCAACACGUCAUCAGUUAAGUCAAACUCCUCGAUAACGUGCGGAAUCACUUGAGUAUCGUUGGCCAUCGUGGGUCGCAGGUAUAGUGAGGUUUGUUUUGGUUUUGUUUCUUACUGCGACAGUUACAAACACGAAACAGUGAAAUGGGUCACCCCACUACUACUAGUACCUUCUCUCUCAUUCGUCUCCCAUUUAAACUCAUUCACCAACUCAACCUCUUCCUUCGUUCUAAGGAAUCGUUUCAGAACAAAGUUUGAGACUUUGAUAUUGGAUUCGAUAUAUAUAUAUAUAUAUAUAUAUAUAUAUAUAUAUAGAGAGAGAGAGAGAGAGAGAGAGAGAAGGAGAGAAAUUAUGGCUAGGAGAGAUCUUGAAAGCGGUAACAGGGGAACGAAGAACAACAUAGAAGAAGAUAACAACUACUCUGUUUCAGCUUCUUCCUAUGUUUAUGAUUCAGAGACCCAUUGGACAUCAUGGCUUGUUCCUAUGUUUGUAGUUGCUAAUAUUGCUGUUUUCGUUGUGGCCAUGUACAUCAACAAUUGUCCCAAGAACAAUCUCGGAUUCCAAGGUAACUGCGUGGCCAGGUUCCUUGGCAGGUUCUCCUUCCAGCCUCUGCAGGAGAAUCCAUUGCUUGGCCCUUCUUCCUCAACAUUAACCAAGAUGGGAGCCCUUCGGUGGGUUAAUGUUGUGCAUCGACACCAAGCAUGGAGACUUGUGACUUGCAUUUGGUUACAUGCUGGAAUCAUUCAUUUGCUAGCAAACAUGUUAAGCCUGGUCUUCAUCGGCAUUCGCCUUGAACAGCAAUUUGGGUUUGUGAGGAUAGGAAUCAUAUACCUAUUGUCUGGAUUUGGGGGGAGUGUACUGUCUUCUUUAUUUAUCAGAAACAGCAUCUCUGUUGGUGCUUCCGGUGCUCUUUUUGGACUUCUUGGAGCAAUGCUGUCAGAACUUAUCACAAACUGGACAAUAUAUUCCAAUAAAGCAAUGGCUUUGGUCACCCUUUUGGUUAUCAUUGUGAUCAACCUUGCCAUUGGCAUUUUGCCACACGUUGAUAAUUUUGCUCACAUUGGGGGAUUUCUGGUGGGAUUUCUGCUUGGUUUCAUUUUCUUGCCCCGUCCUCAGUUUGGGUGGUUAGAGCAGCGACGUCUUCCUGCAGGUGUUCGCUUGAGGUCCAAGUACAAGGCUUACCAAUAUGUUCUAUGGAUUCUCUCUCUUAUCCUGUUGAUUGCUGGGUUAUCGAUUGCAUUGGUUAUGCUAUUCCGGGGUCAGAAUGGGUAUGAUCACUGCCAUUGGUGUCGCUACCUAACAUGUGUCCCGACUAAUAAAUGGGAAUGCAGCAGUGACACUUAAACUACAGAGGCAUAUGAUGUUCAUUAGCAUAUAGCGUUUUCUUUUCUUAUAUGUAUAGCCAAUUAGCCAUAGCUUUUAGAAACUGGGUUGUUUUGUCUUUUUUCGUUCCCCCCCCCCCUUUGAAUAAUUGGUUUGUCUUCGUGGAUUUAUGCCUUCUUUUUUUUACAAAAAUAAAAUUAAAUAAAUAUUUGCA